AUGCCGGGGGCCGGGGGUGCACCAGGAGAGAACAGGACCUAUUUCCCCUUCUUCUCGGACUUCAGGGGCCACAAUGUGACAGCCCUGCGCAUCGCUGAGUCGUCCGCCCUGGCCUUCAUCUUCCUGCUGUCCUUGGCUGGAAACAUCUGGGGCAUCUGCCUGUUGGUGCGGCGACAGCGCCGUCUGUGCGCGGCCAACUGCCUCGUGCUCAACCUCUUCUGCGCCGACCUGCUCUUCAUCACGGCCGUCGUGCGCUGGACCGAGUCCUGGCUGCUGGGCGCCGCCGCCUGCCACAUGCUCUUCUACGUGGUCAGCCUCAGCGGCACCGUCAUCAUCCUCUCGCUCUCGGCCGUCAGCCUGGAGCGCUUCGUGAGCAUCGCCCGGCUGCGCCAC